AUGGCUUCCCGGGAGCCCCUGCACGUGAAGACCCCGAUCCGAGACAGCGUGAUGCUGUCCAAGGUGGCCGGCACCAGCGUCUACAUCAAGAUGGACAGUGCCCAGCCCUCCGGCUCCUUCAAGAUCCGGGGCAUCGGCCACCUCUGCCAGACGUGGGCUGAGCGAGGCUGCAAACACUUCGUCUGCUGCUCAGCGGGCAACGCCGGCAUGGCGGCCGCCUAUGCCGCCAGGAGGCUGGGCAUCCCCGCCACCAUCGUCGUGCCCAAGACAACGCCUGCCCUCACCAUCGAGCGGCUCAGAAAUGAGGGCGCCACGGUCACGGUGGUGGGUGAGACGCUGGAGGAGGCCCAGGAGCUGGCCACGGCGCUGGCGAAGAACAACCCCGGCUGGGUCUUCAUCUCUCCCUUCGACGACCCCCUCAUCUGGGAAGGCCACGCUUCCAUCGUGAAGGAGCUGAAGGAGACAAUGAGCGAAAAGCCGGGGGCCAUCGCGCUGUCGGUGGGCGGCGGCGGCCUCUUGUGCGGAGUGGCCCAGGGGCUGCAGGAGGUGGGCUGGGGGGACGUGCCCAUCAUCGCCAUGGAGACCAAGGGAGCCCACAGCUUCCACACUGCCACCUCUGCCGGCAAGCUCAUCCCUCUGGACCAGAUUACGAGUGUGGCCAAGGCUCUGUGUGUGAAGACCGUGGGGGCCCAAGCCCUGAAGCUGUUCCAGGAAUACCCCAUUUUCUCGGAAGUGGUCUCGGACCAGGAGGCUGUGGCCGCCAUUGAGAAGUUUGUGGAUGACGAGAGGGUCCUGGUGGAGCCGGCCUGCGGGGCAGCCCUGGCCGCUGUCUACAGCAACGUGGUUCGGAAGCUGCAAGGGGAAGGGAAGCUCCGCACCCCGCUGUCCUCGCUCGUGGUCAUCGUCUGCGGGGGCAGCAACAUCAGCCUGGACCAGCUGCAGGACCUCAAGAAACAGCUGGGCAUGAAGAACGAGCUGCCCAAGUGAAGGUCUCCCCGCCCCGGGGACCCCUGCAGGGGCUGGAGUUUGCCCAGCACCUCGUUGUACAUAUCAUUCUUGUGUCUGGCUGCGAGCCUGCGGCCAGGCCAGUCGGUGCUUGCUUGUGCCCACGAGCCCCCUGGGCAGAGGGCCACACGCUUCGCAGUGGAGGCAGGGGGAGGGUGUCGGCGGCCAGGGAUCCCCUGCUGCCUGUGUGACUGCUCUGCCAUCGUCCUCAGCCACCCCUGCCAGGGCGACACUGCCC